AUGUCGCCACAGGAUAUCACAUCGACUGUGGUUAUUACAUCAAACUUAUCUGAAGCUGCUGGUUCACUUUCUGAUUCUGCUUGUCUACCACCUGUUGUAACAGAACACUUUUUACUGUACGAAUUUUUCCGAGCUCCUGGCAUUCGUCAUAAUUCUGAUGAAGAUCCACAAUUUGAACAACAACAGCAACAGCAACAGCAGUCAAUUUCUCAUGUUAGCGAAGAAGAAAAGACAACAAAUCCUGAAGAACCAGGUAGUGAAAAAGAAGAAGAUGAACAUGAUGCCAGCCAAUGUUCGCCUUCAACCGGUCUUGGAGGUAUUACACAAAAAGAAAUAGUAGUAACAGACAAAGAAUGGGCUGGUUGCCCGUAUAUGAACACCAAACUGUAUGGAUAUCGAUUUGGUAGUGCCAAGGAAAUCGAAUUUCUCAAAAAGGAAUUCGAUUCUGCUGUUGAACAAACUGACAUAUCUUGUUCUAAUUAUUGUUCUUAA